AUGGAUAAUGCUCUGUUAGCUCUUUCUCUAAAAGAUGAUGACAAUGCCCCUUACAAUUUACCAGAUCUUCCUCAAUACUAUGCUACAGAACGGAAUGCAUGCAGUCUAAUCGACCGUCUUCUCAACCCGGAACAUCAAAACAUGGCGGAUCUCAUACUUGAUAUGCCGAGGAAAUGGCAAAUCGUCAAUCGAGUUAGAUGUAUCGCUCUCACCAAAGAAAGAUUCCAGUUCAUCUCAUGCAUGCAUAUGGCCUUCAAGAUGUCCUCGACAAAGGCAUGCAAACCUUCAAAGACUGGGGGUUUAGCUAUAGAAAGAUGGGUAGAAAGACCUCCAUCGGGAUAUUUACAAUUCGUCUCAAUUUUGGUCAGGAUAAGGAAUAUUCCGAUUAAUCACUACACAAUACCAGCCAUAUCAGAGCUUGUGGGCUGA